GCCGGCGGGAUGGGCGGGCAGACGGGCGGGCGAGGACUUCCCGCCGCGCCCCUAACCCGCGGACCCGCCACACCGAGCCCUGGUGGCCCUGGGGGAGGGGGGAAGGCGCGCCUCGGCCAGCCGGCCGCAGGGACAUAGCCUCGGUGACCCUUUUGGGGUGCGACCCGGAGGGAGAGCCGGCUGGAAGCCAGCCCACGUGGGGCUUGUCCGGGCAGGACGCGGCAGAGCGGGGACCGGAUUUCCAGAGUGACUACGAACUCAUCCGGUGAGAGAAGAGGGAAGACGGACUGGGAGCAAACCCACACAAGGCAACCUGAGGCUGCUGCACCCCAAGAGUCGUGCCGCAGCGGCCACUGUGCACCAUGGGCCCCCCCAGCCUCCUGCUUUGCAUGCUGUGGGCCACACUGUUCUCCCUGCUGGCCAGCAGCUCCGCCUUCCUGUCGCACCACCGCCUGAAGGGCAGGUUCCAGCGCGACCGCAGGAACAUCCGGCCCAACAUCAUCCUGGUGCUGACGGAUGACCAGGACGUGGAGCUGGGCUCCAUGCAGGUUAUGAACAAGACGCGGCGCAUCAUGGAACAGGGCGGGGCGCACUUCAUCAACGCCUUCGUGACCACGCCCAUGUGCUGCCCCUCCCGCUCCUCCAUCCUCACCGGCAAGUACGUCCACAACCACAACACCUACACCAACAACGAGAACUGCUCGUCACCCUCCUGGCAGGCGCAGCACGAGAGCCGCACCUUCGCCGUGUACCUCAACAGUACGGGCUACCGCACAGCUUUCUUCGGGAAAUACCUGAACGAGUACAACGGCUCGUACGUGCCGCCCGGCUGGAAGGAGUGGGUCGGCCUGCUGAAGAACUCGCGCUUCUACAACUACACGCUCUGCCGCAACGGCGUGAAGGAGCGGCACGGCUUUGACUAUUCCAAGGAUUACCUCACGGAUCUUAUCACCAAUGACAGCGUGAGCUUCUUCCGCACGUCCAAGAAGAUGUACCCGCACCGGCCCGUGCUCAUGGUCAUCAGCCACGCAGCCCCCCACGGCCCCGAGGACUCGGCCCCCCAGUACUCGCACCUCUUCCCCAACGCAUCCCAGCACAUCACGCCGAGCUACAACUACGCCCCCAACCCAGACAAGCACUGGAUCAUGCGCUACACAGGCCCCAUGAAGCCCAUUCACAUGGAGUUCACCAACGUGCUUCAGCGAAAGCGCCUGCAGACGCUCAUGUCUGUGGAUGACUCCAUGGAGACGAUUUACAACAUGCUGCUCGAGACAGGCGAGCUGGACAACACCUACCUCGUGUACACCGCCGACCAUGGCUACCACAUCGGCCAGUUCGGCCUGGUCAAGGGCAAGUCCAUGCCCUAUGAGUUCGACAUCCGAGUGCCGUUCUACGUGCGGGGCCCCAACGUGGAGGCUGGCUCGCUGAACCCCCACAUCGUCCUCAACAUCGACCUGGCCCCCACCAUCCUGGACAUCGCGGGCCUGGACAUCCCCACAGACAUGGACGGGAAAUCCAUCCUCAAACUGCUAGACACCGAGCGGCCUGGGAACCGGUUUCACUUGAAGAAGAAAAUGAGGGUCUGGCGGGACUCCUUUCUAGUCGAAAGGGGCAAACUGCUGCACAAGCGUGACAGCGACAAAGUCGAUGCCCAGGAGGAGAACUUCCUGCCCAGGUACCAGCGCGUGAAGGACCUGUGCCAGCGCGCUGAGUACCAGACGGCGUGUGAGCAGCUGGGGCAGAAGUGGCAGUGCGUGGAGGACGCCGCAGGCAGGCUGAAGCUGCACAAGUGCAAGGGCCCCAUGCGCUUUGGCGGCGGCGGCGGCGGAAGCAGGGCGCUCUCCAACCUUGUGCCCAAGUACUACGGGCAGGGCAGCGAGACCUGCACCUGCGACAGUGGCGGGGACUACAAGCUCAGCCUGGCCGGACGCCACAAGAAGUUCUUCAAGAAGAAGUACAAGGCCAGCUACACACACAGUCGCUCCAUCCGCUCUGUGCCCAUUGAGGUGGAUGGCAAGGUGUACCAUGUGGGCCUGGCUGGCACCUCCCAGCCCCGCAACCUCACCAAGAGGCGCUGGCCAGGGGCCCCCAAGGAACAAGACGACAAGGAUGGGGGGGACUUCAGUGGCACCGGAGGCCUUCCAGACUACUCAUCCCCCAACCCCAUCAAAGUGACACAUCGGUGCUAUAUCCUAGAAAACGACACGGUCCAGUGCGACCUGGACCUGUACAGGUCCCUGCAGGCGUGGAAGGACCACAAGCUGCACAUCGACCACGAGAUCGAAACCCUGCAGAACAAAAUAAAGAACCUGCGGGAAGUCCGGGGCCACCUGAAGAAGAAGCGGCCGGAGGAGUGCGACUGCCCCAGGAUCAGCUACCACAACCAGCACAAAGGCCGCCUCAAGCACAAGGGCUCCAGCCUGCAUCCUUUCAGGAAGGGACUGCAGGAGAAGGACAAGGUGUGGCUGCUGCGGGAACAGAAACGCAAGAAGAAGCUGCGCAAGCUGCUCAAGCGCCUGCAGAACAACGACACGUGCAGCAUGCCGGGCCUCACAUGCUUCACCCACGACAACCAGCACUGGCAGACGGCCCCGCUGUGGACGUUGGGGCCCUUCUGCGCCUGCACCAGCGCCAACAACAACACAUACUGGUGCUUGAGGACCAUCAAUGAGACCCACAACUUCCUCUUCUGUGAAUUUGCCACGGGCUUCCUUGAGUACUUCGACCUCAACACCGACCCCUACCAGCUGAUGAACGCCGUGAACACCCUGGACAGGGAUGUGCUUAACCAGCUCCACGUGCAGCUCAUGGAGCUGCGGGGGUGCAAGGGCUCCAAGCAGUGCAACCCCCGCACCCGGAACAUGGACCUAGGACUCAAAGAUGGAGGCAGCUAUGAACAAUACAGGCAGUUUCAGCGUCGAAAGUGGCCAGACAUGAAGAGACCUUCCUCCAAAUCGCUGGGACAGCUGUGGGAAGGCUGGGAAGGUUAAGCCGAGUUGCAGAUGGACCUCCAGAACCAAGAGGCCUCGCCUGAGUGCACACAGACAGUGAGAGCCCUCGAAUGACUUCCAGCAGGCCGGGACUGCGGGCCACGAGGCCC